UUAAUUGAAAUUCUCGUAAAAUCAAGCGGAAAAUUGUCUAAAAAUCAGUUAAAAAUGUUCUUUUGUCAUUCUUGCGUCGAAAUUAAUUCACAGUAAGAGUGCAGAGAUGUUAGCAACGAUGGAAAAAGUGAAAAAGAAAAUUGGGAGUAUGACGUCAUAAAUGUUAAAAAAAAUUAAGUAAAUAUUUAAAAUAGCAAGAAAUUCGGGAGGCCAAGCAAUAAAACGUGAUAAAAGUAGAUAAGAAUGCAAAAUGAGACGACAAAUCAAGCAGAAGAAGAGGAAGACGAGACUCAAACAUCGACAAAUGCAAGUGCGGAAGAAAACACGGAAGUUCCUGUAAAAGAAGAUUCUGUCGAAGAUGCGGCGGAAAAAGAGGCGAAUCUCGAGUUUAUCGACAAAAGUGAAAUGUCGGAUGAGGAUUUCAAGAGUAUCAAGACAGUUGAUGAUAAUUUGAACGAUUUCGAAGACAAGACAAGUAUCGGUAGUUGCGUGGAAACAAUUGGAGACAAACAAGCAACGAUCACGAAAGACGAUGUUUGUACAGGACAUUCAGGCGAUUCGUGCACAAAUUCGGGCGGAUGUUCGGGAGUUCGUCGUAAAGCAAAACCCACACAAAGUUUCGAACAGGAGCCCGUUGUUAACGGUACAAAGAAGAAAAUUCGCCCGAACGGAUGUGUAAAAUCAACUUCGCAAGAUUUAUAUGGUUACAUUUGGAAAUCCGCGCAAGAAGAUGACACUUCAACGCCAACAAUUUCGAUGCGGCGUUCUCCCCCGAACAAACAUCAUCGACCUUUGGAGCGUUCAUGGCCUCCGAAAAACUUUCAAUCGAUCACGGAUGACUUUUCGUUCGACAUUAUCGAUACGGAUGAGCAAUUUUCGACCCCAAACGAAGAACCAAAUGGUCUCGAUUUCAUUCCGGGAGAGUUUUUUACGCCUAUCAAGCAAAAAUCGAAACAAGUUCAUCAAUUACAGGCGAAUGUCGUUGAUGAAAAUGCUCCUUUAGCAACGCCCGAAAAGGAUGCUUCAAGUUUAGGGGAAAGUGCUUCGUCGAAAAAUAUUAUUUCAAGUCGAGAUCCUUUGGAAGCAUUGAAUGUAGAGACAAGUCCGAAGCAAAAACGAGCUUUGAUAAAGAAAAAACUUCGUUUGAGUGACAAAAUGGUUCAAUGUGAGGAGUUUCGUUUCCCGCCUGAAGAACCUGUAAUGAAGGCAACAGCUUCAACAAGCACAAAUACCGUUCAAACAGUCCCAAUUCUCGUCACAGGGCAUGAUGUUGCUGCUCAAACAACGCCAUUAAAGCCGCACAAGCCUCUCGUACGAACAUCCUCCAAUGGCAAAAAUCGUCAUUUGUUGAAUGGAUACAAUUUGGAUGCGGGAAUUCUCGAUGUUGCUGGAUGUUCUUUGGGUUUCGAAGCUUCCGGAGGAUUAGCAGCUUCUGUUGUUGCUCGUAGUUUAUCGCCUCAUGCACGUUCUCCGCCUUCGGGAUCAUCAACACGUUCACAAUCUCCUUUGGAUUCGUUAUCUUCGCCGGAUCGAGGAUCUCCAAUAAUGACAAUUUAUCCAAAACCUGUUCGUCCUCAACCAAGACCCUUAUCUCGAAUCGGAGGAACAAUGCAAUCUGGAUUAGUUUGUCCUCCAACGCCCACGCAUCACGCAAGAAGAUUCAGAAAUUUAGCAGAUUGCGGAGAAAUGCCUUCACGGAAUAUUUGUUCGCCUGAAACAGUGCCAUCGCCUGAAGUUCGACAUGCGGAUAUUGUUCAACUCACAAAUCGAAGCUCUUCACAGAAUGCAGAACAGAAUCAAAAUAACGAUAUUCGAGAUGAAAAUGAUAAUGAUUCAGUUACAAUGCGACAUAUUACGAGUGCUCGUCUCCCGUCGAUUCCUGAACGCGCAAGAGGCGAACACGUAAUGGAAGAAUCUCUUCCGCCCGCAUGGGAAGCUCGCAUGGAUUCGCACGGGCGUAUUUUCUACAUUGAUCAUGCAACGCGAACAACAAGUUGGACAAGACCCGGGCAACAACCUUCGAUUUCCGUUCCCGAACAACAUCGCCAACAGCUGGAUCGUCGUUAUCAAUCCAUUCGACGCACAAUUUACGAUAGACGAGAAGCAAGUCCCAUUCUUGACAUGUUACAAGCGCAACAACGAAAUGGUUCAACUUCAUCCGCGGGAAGUGCAAAUGGCGUAAUGAUUCAAGUUAACACGCAAAUUAACGACACACAUCCCGCAUUGCUCAUGAUGUUACGUUCGGAUUUUUACUCGAUGUUGCACAAGAACGAACAAGCGAUCGAAAUGUGGACAGGAAAUUCCGCAUUGAAGCACAUGGUUUCGCGGAUUCGCAGAGAUCCAAAUAGUUUUGCGCGAUAUCAACAUAAUCGGGAUUUGGUGACGUUAUGCAAUUGUUUCGCACAAUUGAACAAAGAUUUGCCAUCAGGAUGGGAGUCGAAGACAGAUCAAAGCGGCAAACAAUUCUUCAUUGAUCACACAAAUCGUAAAACUUCGUUUAUGGAUCCUCGGGUGCCCACAGAAUGCCCGCGAAUUCGAUUAUGGCAAGAACAGGAAAUUGCUCCGACGCCUCCGCCUCGUCCUCCAAGACCUUCAUUGCCUCGAUUACCUGUGGGAAUUGACAUUCCAAUUGCAUAUAAUGAUAAGGUUGUUGCAUUCCUCCGUCAACCAAACAUCUUCGAAAUAUUGAAAGAACGUCAUACAAGUAGUUCCCGUAGUUUACGUGAGAAAAUAAAUGCCAUUCGAGUUGAAGGAACAGCAGCUUUGGAACGUCUCGGGCACGAUUUGCAAUUGACAUUGCUCUUGAGUCUCUUUGAAAAUGAGAUAAUGAGUUACGUGCCUGUUGAAGCGAGAUCUCCGCAAGGAUCGCCAAAUUUGAGCAAUAUAAGAGCGCCGCAACGCACGCCUCCGCCAUUCCGACGAGAUUUUGAGACAAAGUUACGUACAUUCUACAGGAAACUCGAAUCCAAAGGUUAUGGACAAGGUCCUCACAAAUUGAAACUUCACAUUCGUCGCACACAUUUACUUGAAGAUGCAUUCCGUCGUAUCAUGUCAGCAAACAAGAAAGAUCUCCAACGAGGGCGUCUCGCAGUUCUUUGGGAUACAGAAGAAGGCUUGGAUUAUGGAGGUCCAUCGCGUGAAUUCUUCUUUUUAUUGUCGCGAGAGCUGUUUAACCCCUAUUAUGGGUUAUUUGAGUAUUCCGCGAACGAUACUUAUACGGUUCAAGUAUCGCCGCUCUCUGCCUUUGUCGAUAAUUCACACGAUUGGUUCAGAUUCAGCGGAAGAGUUCUCGGGUUAGCGCUCGUUCAUCAAUAUUUGUUAGAUGCUUUUUUCACUCGUCCCUUUUACAAAGCAUUGUUACGUUUGCCAUCAGCUUUGAGUGAUUUGGAAUCGCUCGACAGUGAAUUUCAUCAAUCGUUGCAAUGGAUUCGUGAUAACGACAUCGGAAGCGGAGCAUCUCUCGGUUUGACAUUUUGUGUAACGGAAGAACUUCUUGGCAGAGUUGUUGAACGUGAAUUGAAACCAGGAGGCAAAAAUAUAACAGUAACGGAAAAAAAUAAAAAAGAAUAUCUCGAGAGAAUGGUUAAAUGGCGCCUUGAGAGAGGCGUUCAAGAACAAACGGAAAGUUUGGUUCGUGGCUUCUAUGAAGUCGUUGAUCCGCGUCUCGUUUCGGUUUUCGAUGCGCGCGAAUUGGAGCUCGUUAUUGCCGGAACUGCUGAAAUCGAUUUGAACGAUUGGCGUCAAAAUACGGAAUAUCGCAGCGGAUAUCACGAUCAACAUCAGGUCAUAAUUUGGUUUUGGCACGUCAUCGAAAAGUUCACGAACGAACAAAGACUGAGACUGCUGCAAUUCGUGACGGGCACUUCGAGCAUUCCGUAUGAGGGAUUUUCCGCAUUGCGUGGAUCAACGGGCCCCCGACGUUUUUGCAUCGAAAAAUGGGGAAAACCGAAUGCCUUGCCACGCGCACACACAUGCUUCAAUCGUCUCGAUUUGCCGCCGUACCCAACGCCCGAUAUUCUGUACGAAAAAUUGCUGCUUGCUGUCGAGGAAACAAGCACCUUUGGAAUUGAGUAAGAAACUGACACGAAAAUGCUCUCGCUGUAGUUAAACAAUACAUUCAUCUAGUCACUUAAAUGUAUAAUUCUAAAUGUAUUGUGUUACAUUGAACUAAAAAGAAAUUUUUUUAAUUUAUUUGAUGUCUUCAAAUACGACAAAACUCUAUAUAAAUUUAGACUUUAACGUUAAUUUUAAUUGAUCAUCGUGAUAUUUGAAAUAUUAAACUAAUAAAAAAAGCAGAAAAGUUAAAAAUUAGUCAUAAAAACCUUCAAAGGAUGGAGUCAAAAAAGAUCCAGUGAAUGAACUUUUAGGGAGUGAAGUGAUUUUUAAGUUAAAAAAGUUAAAUUUUAAGAGAAACAACAAAAUAAUGCUACAAUACCAUAGAUUUUUGUACUAGUUAGUGCUUAUAAGAGACCGUCAACAUAUUUUUUGCUAAUUUUAAAUUUUUUUACAUAGAAACUUUUUAUUUAUCAGUCGCCCAAAUUACACAUUUAAUGUUCAAAAAUAAAUAAAUAAUAAAUAGAACCGUACUUAC